AUGACAUCGUCCUUCUCCAAGAACCCUGGACAGAGGCAAAGAACUCAAGAUGCCUCACCAAGACUCACCCAGCCUACGACACCUACUCACCCACCAGAAACGACCGGCACUCACCCGAGACAUCCUGUGGCUUACGGUGAACGCGUCACAAUCGUCAACUUCUAUCGCCAACCGCGCUAUGACGUCUCCCUAGACGUCCUGCUGCGGUGGCCGGCACCAGAAAGGACCCUUGUGGCUGGUGACUUCAAUGCUAAGCAUUACUCCUGGCAAACCGGACGACUGGAGGGCCGUGGAGAGGACAUUGCCACCUGGGCAGCGGAAAACGGCCUGAAUCUGUUGAACACGGCGGACGUGCCGACAAACCCGCAUGGCAACACAAUCGACUUGGCUUUCUCCAACAUUGCUUUGGCAUCCGCGGUUGUGGAAGACCAUCUCGCCACGAGCUCUGACCACUUCACUCUAAGUCUCACACUUCCCGAUGUUAGCUUGAGCCUGCCGCAGGCGCCGGGCAAAGUGCGUGUCACGACUGAAGAGGAGCUGAAACGCUUCAAGGAACUCGUUGCCGCCGGAGCUUGUCGAAUACCAACGGACACGGCAACAGCCUCGCAGCUUGACACACUUGCCGCGGCGCUUGUUGACCUCCUCCAGUCGGCUGCCAGAGCUGCCGGUCGCCCCGUACGGAAAGGAACGCGAAGUGCGCCGUGGUGGACCGACGAGUGCGCCGAAGCCGCCGCGGAGUACCGCGCCAUACGAAGAAUUCUCCCUUUGGGAUUCAGCCAGGAAGUCCAACUAGCAAGAAGAGAGUUCCAGCGUGUGGUCCGCCGUGCCAAGCGGCAGUACUGGCGCAACCUCAUCGACGGCUUCUCGGAUAGCGCAUCGGUCUACAAGGCAGUCCGGUGGCUCAAAUCACCAGGAGCUUUCCAGCCCCCACCGCUUCAAAUUGGUGACGUUGUAUACGAAACCCAGCUGGAUAAAGCGAAUGCGCUGAGACGCAGCACUCUUGAACGCCGCACGGCAGCGGAUGACAUCACGGACCCAUGGAUCCCGGUCCGCCCAGUCCGGAAGAUACCUUUUGCCCAAGAAAUCACGCUGGAAGAAGCAGAGGACGCUACAAUCAAGACGGGCAACACCUCGCCUGGAGCCGACAGCAUCACGGUCAAGCUGCUGCAAGCAGUAUGGGACAUCAUCGGGGGACACGUCUGUCGCCUCUAUCAGGGAUGCCUAACUGUUGGCCAUCACCCUGGAGCAUUUCGAGAAGCAGAAGUAGUCAUGAUCCCCAAGCCGGGGAAGAGAAAUCUGUCGACCCCCAGGGCAUGGCGCCCUAUUUCUCUGCUCUCCUGUCUUGGGAAGGGCCUUGAGCGGCUAAUCGCUCGCCAUCUCGCGUGGGCAUCAAUCCAUUAUGCAGUCCUCCACCCACAGCAAGCCGGCGCGCUCCCGAAACGGUCGGCCGUUGACCUGGUCGCUGCACUGAUUCAUGAUAUCGAGGAAGCAUUCGCACGCGGAGAGGUGGCCACACUAGUCACAGCAGACAUCCAAGGAGCCUUUGACACAGCCAUGGGCAACAGGCUUGUCCUGAGGCUCCGUAAGCAAGGCUGGCCGGACAAUCUUGCGCGGUGGGCAGGCUCGUUCAUGAGCGGCCGCUUCGCCAGAGUCAGGUACCAAGACAUCACGACACCGACGACGCCGUUGCAGUGCGGCCUCCCACAGGGAUCGCCCGUGUCUCCGAUCUUGUUUUUGCUCUACACCGAACCGAUCUAUCGGUUAGGCAAUCCCGAAGGACGGUUCGGGUACGCGGAUGACACCGCCAUUCUCUGCACUGGACAAUCGCUGGAAGAAACAUCGCAAACAGCGUCGGAAUAUCUUCAAGAACUCGUGAACUGGGGCGCCGCCAACGGCAUCUCAUUCGACCCAGAAAAGACAGAAGUCAUGCACUUCUCACUGAGGAGGCGGGAAACCGAGCUGCCCGUCUGCCAUGGUGACGUGGAGAAGCAACCAGAAGCAGCCAUGCGCUGGCUAGGCCUCUGGCUGGACAGGAAGUUGACAUUCAAGACUCAUGUCGAGAAGUGGACAGCCAAGGCCCAGGCGGUCGCCCAACCGAAGGAAGGACCAUCUAUAACCCAGCAGCUUGUGCGGAAAAUGAGCAAAGCCCUCAAGCAGGCCAUCCGAGCCAUUCUCCCAACCUGGAAAACCACGCUGAUCGCUGUCUUGCAUCGAGAAAGCGGCAUACCUCCGGUUCACCAACUCCUUGAGGCAAGACGACUCCGCUUCUCAGCUCGCAUCAAAUCACUGGACCAUGCACACCCUCUGGCCAAACGCACCACCGAGGCAGCGCCACGGCCUAUCAUCAAGUGUAUCAAGUUGAAGUACCAGCUCCCGCCAAAGACCUUUCCAACCCGGUUGAGGAGGACGAACAGAUUGCUUGGGAAUUGCCAACGCCCCGUACUCAUCCCGCGCAAAUAUAGCCACGAAACACAGCAGCCUCUCCAAACUGCAUCCAAAGAAGAGUCCGCCAAAGACUUUGACCGAUGGCUUCAAACCAUCCCAGCGCUUAGUCUUAUCGUGUACUCUGACGGCUCACUGUCCUCCGGCGGUGCUGCCGGAUACGGCUAUGCCGUCCACCAAAGCGGACGCUCUGUCUGCCAAGGCGCAGGACGCCUCGGCCCUGCGGAGGUUUUCGACGCUGAGGCUAAAGGAGCGCUGGAGGGCCUCAAAGCCACUCUUAGGCUUCCUCAGUGUGCCACACAACGAAUAGUGGUAUGCCUGGACAACAUCGCAGCUGCCAAAUGCUUACGAGGCAAGCCAUCAGACUCGUCGCAGAGGGUCUUCCUGACCUUUCAGGCCCUAGCGAAGACGCACCGAAAGACCGAAGUCCGCUGGAUACCCGGACACACCAAGAUUCCAGGAAAUGAACAAGCCGACAUCCUGGCGAAGAUGGGAUGCGCCCAACCCGAACCCGCAGACGCAGUCCCAACACUUGCCUUCUUGCGAAAGACCGCUAGACAGCGGUCCAAAAUCACAGUCCAAGCCUGGUUGGAUGCUUCUGCACCCGAUAAGUAUCAGACUCUGACCCUCAAGUUCCCUUCUAGCUGUCCUCCGGAGUUAGCUCUCCCACGAACAAUGCUUCACCACCUCCUAGCCGCGAGGACUCAUCACGGUGACUUUGCUGACUACCACGAAAGAUUCCAGCACAACGACGCUUGUGUUACAUGUUCUUGCGGUCGGCGCAAGGCGCCGACGCAUCUUUUCUAUUGCCGGAAGAUUCAGCCGCGUUGUCGGAUGAGGCUUGCUCCCUCACCGACCGUGGCGAUCAACCAAGCACUAGGCAGAGAUUUCGACAAAUUCGUCAAGCUGGUGAAGGCAAGCUCUUUCUUCGAGAAGAUCUGCCCGCACCACUAG